UUUUAAUGGAUAUCAUGAUGGUAAGUUCUAUAGUCAAUUUUAAAUUUAUAGACCAAAAAGACGGAAUUGCAUUAAAGAAAUUACAUGGAUAACACCAAACUUUGACGUGAACGACGUAGCCUGUAGUUGUAAAAGGAUAGAGGUUUAAUUGAUUUCUUGAAAAACGAUUGGGGACAAUGCAUUAUUAACCUUAAAUAUAAGGGGGAAGUUGCAAUACUGUAAGUCAACCCUUCCGUUUCAAUGGAAAACACAACGGUCAACAAUUCAUCUUCUGAUCAAUCAAUCAUGGAUUCAGUUUUUCCAUAGAACACUUCAAAAUUCUAUCCCAAAUUCGAUACUGAUACGCAAAUUUUCAAUAACAAUACACGAAAAUAAAGAAAUACCCAAUUGAAGAACCAGAAAAAUUCUGCACAUACGCACAACAAAAUCAAAACAGUAAGAGAAAAUGGCAUCAUUGGCAACCCAUUUAACAGCCUCCCUUUUCCUAUUCCCACUUGGAAUUCGCCGUCUGCUUUGCUCUUUUUCUCUGUAUCUUAAUAACCCAUCUAUUUACAGAUCUAGAUCAUGGUAUUUUUCGGAGCCCAAGUGGAAAAACUUAGAUUUCUACACUCUUAUUGUAGUCCUUCCAUUUGCAUCAUUCUCCCACAUUUUCUUCUUUUUUGUGUUUCCAGGCCAAUCCCCUUACAGAUUUUCGUUCCUACAACAAUCUCUUGUCAUUUUUGUCUUCUGGGCACUCUUGAUUUUGAUCAUUUUGAAAGAAAGUUUGGAUCUUUCUGUUGUUUCCGAGAAUUUUGUGUUCAUAUUUGCUGGCAUUGCAUUUGUGAUUGAGUUUUACUUGAACGGGGAUGGAAUUGUAGGGCUUGGUGGUGCUGCAUAUGGAAUAUUGGGAGGUUUGGCUCUCUUUUGCGCUGCAUGUUGCCUGUAUUUGUCGGUUAGACCAUCGGCAUUUUUUGCUGAUUUUUUGUUGUCUUCUGGUCUUGUUUUGAAAGGGACUUGGGUUCUGCAAGUGGGAUUAUCAUUAUACACAGAUGCAUUCGGUUUGAAAGGGUGUUCUAAGAUUUCUGGGGUGGCCCCGACUAAUGGGAAGUCUAAUGUCCAGUGUGAGCUUGAGGAGGAUAGAUUGAGGGGUGUGGCAUUGAUGAAUUUUUUGUUUGUUGGACAUGUUACAGUGGUGAUGAUUACGAGCUUUCUGUUGUUUGGAUUGUUGCAUUGUAAUAGGAAUUUGAGGUGUGGUGAGUCUAGCGGUCCAUUGCUGGCUGAGAUUGGAUCAGAGGGAAUGUUGAUGCAUCCGCUUCCUGAAUUUGAAAUGGAAUGAGAAGUUUUGUUGCUGUUCUGAGAUCUGCGCAUUGGGAAUACUGCAGUGAUUUUUGCUGGCUGUCAAGAUGUGGAUUUGCUUGUAGUCAGGUGAGAGAAAUGGUCUUCGAAGACUCUAUAGAUGUACCGAGAUUGAGCAAUUUAUGGUUUGAAAUUCACUGAAUUGCCAUCUGUUUCUAUUAUUGUUCUAAAUUUUUCUUUGGUCUUUGUUACUGCUGUGGAACCUAUUUAGUCAACAGUUGACAAAAAUUACCUGUUUGAUGAC